AUGCCACCCGCUCUGAGUGAAGAAGAAAACUCCGAUCUUGAGGAGUUCACCACACCUCCACACGCGACUCGCAAGAAGUCGACAUCAGCCGUGGUGUCUGAGAAGUUUGAAGACACCAAGCCAGAAGACGGUUCGGAGGAAGAGCUAGAUGAGGAUGAGGACGAUGACGAGGACUUGGACGAGGACGUAUUCGUUGUCGAAGCGAUCAAAAAGCAUCUCAUUGACGAGGAUGGUAGUCUGAAGUUCCAAGUCAAGUGGGAAGGAUACGAUGCCAAAAAAGACCUGACCUGGGAACCCGAGGACAACCUCCGUGAAUCGGCUCAAGAGAUCCUGGACAAAUAUUUCAACAAGCUCGGAGGCCGAGAGAAACUUUUUGAGGAGACGGAAACCGCGUCCAAAACGAAGAAACGCCGCCGAACUACGAACGGCACUCCCAACACCACUGUUUCAACAACAAAGCGAUCUCGACGUGAUGCGCAUCCGGCCAAUUCUACACCUCCUGCCACAUCCAAGCAAUGGAGUCCACCCGUGGGCUCAUGGGAGGAUGAGAUUGAAUCGAUCGAGCUCGAAGAGGACGAAAGCAUCGGCAAGAUUAUCGUUUAUCUGAGAUGGAAGAACGGCAAGAAGACCAAACACGACACGGAUGUGGUUUACAGGAAAUGCCCACAGAAGAUGCUUCGUUUCUACGAAAGCCACCUCAAGAUCGAUAGAGGCGAGAACAGGGAGGUUACCGAAGGAGCUGAGAACUAG